UCUUGUCAUUGUUCCAUUACAAUUUUACGAAAUAAACCGACUUAUUAAUCUGUUCCUACAAUUUCUUUGGUAAAAUAAUAAAACAGAGAGUUUUGUGGUGUCUGUCGAAUGGUUGGCGUCAGAGGUACAAUUGCUUAUUUGCGGGUUUUCAGUGUUAUUAAAUAAAUUAUAUUUCAGUGUGAUAUUAAUCAAUAAAUGUGUUAAACAUUACCAGAUUUUGUGUACAUUUACAUUUUGCUUAGAACAAACAUGUAUGGUAUUUAAACUUAACAUCGCGACAAGGUAUUGUCUGUAAAAAUGCAAGAGGAAGUAAAAUUUUUAAAUAUACUGGAGCCAAGAAAUACCGAAUGCGGUAUAUUCAGGUUUAUGACCCGAGCAUGGCACCCUCACCGGACUUUUAACGCCGAUGAAUAUUAUACGCCACAGGACUUGAAAGAGAUUGCGGCUAAAUCGGUCUUUCUGGAUUCUUUUAUAGAAGCGGAAAGUGCCCAUAGUGGUGUAAGUAAAGAAAAGCUUAAAAAAGAAGUCCUGGAGUAUUUGGAGGAGAUGGGACUGGAUAAGAAGUUGCAUGUGAUCCGGUGGAUGGGGAUUGGAUUCCUAAAAAUAUCCUUCAUGAUGAGAGUUGGCAUAUUUGUCAAUGAACCAGCAGUGCUUCGGAUAAAAUCUUCAAUGGGGAAAAACCCGAUACUAUUUCUGCCCACCCACCGCAGCUAUGCUGACUUCUGUCUGCUCACGUACCUGUGUUACCAUUACGACAUAGAGUUUCCAGCAGUGGCAGCCGGCAUGGAUUUCUACUCAAUGGCUGUAUUCGGUCAACGUAUGAGAGAGACCGGCGCUUUUUACAUCCGCCGCACGCUCGUGGGGGCGCCACUGUACGCGGCCACGCUCAAGCAGUACGUACGUACUGUGGUAGCCAAGUACGCGGCGCCCGUCGAGUUCUUUUUAGAAGGUACUAGAAGUCGCAGCAAUAAGAGUCUGUCGCCGAAGUAUGGUGUCCUAUCAAUGAGUCUAAUGCCGUUGUUUUCACGAGAAGUGACGGAUAUCACGAUAGUUCCCGUGAACAUUAGCUAUGACAGGCUAAUGGAGCAUCGGCUCUUCGCCUACGAGCAUCUGGGGGUGCCUAAGCCCAAGGAGUCCACUGGAGGCUUCUUGAAAUCACUGUUCAAACUGAACGACCACUACGGCAACAUUUACAUCAACUUCGGCGCUCCACUCUCUGUCAGAUCAUACCUUGGCGAUAUGGUCCACACAGACCAGCUCCUCAAGCCAGUAGACCUUCAGGAAAUCACGCCAGACCAGUUCAGACAAGUGCAAACAGUCGCUGAGUACGUCAUCAGCCUACAGCAAAAAGCGACAGUAGUGACUAUAUCUAAUUUAUUAGCGUUAGUGCUGAUGGAAAGUUUUGUAAAUCAGAAAUUGUUGAGUUUCAAUGAAGUGUUAAGUGAAGUGAAUUGGACAGUGGGGGUUUUAACUGCGUUGGGCGCGUUAGUGUAUGAGACUGAUGUGGAAGGCAGUGUGAAGAGGAUAUUGGUGGUGCAUAGAGAGAUGAUCAGGUUGGACAAGGAGAGGCGGCUCCGACUGGUAUCGGGUACACUGAUGGAUGUAACGAGUGAAGUUCAGAAGAAAAUGAAAGGUCACACUUUGAAAGCGGAGACGAUGGCCACAGCACUGCCGAUCAUACAAUUGCAGUUGUAUGUGAAUCCGGUACUGCAUUAUUUGGUACCGCCAGCUAUCAUAUAUCUGAUUGUGGAGAAGUGGCCAGUCACUCAAGAGGAAUUGCUGUCGCGGUAUCAGCAUAUAAGAAAGCUGUUACACCAUGAGUUCUUCUAUGUCGACGAAAAUGAAGCAAAUACUUUCGCCUCCGCGCUCGAUUACUGCCUGUCAAGCGGCGUGGUGUGUCGCGAGGCAGCACAGAGCCUGGCGGCGGGGCGCGCGAGCAAGCUGCGCUCUGUGCUGCGCUGGGCCGCGUGGCCGGCAAUCACCACGCUGUAUAAAUGUACGCAGGUCAUGACUGAGGAAACUGUCUGCACACACAGCCGAGCGCUGAAGUUGGUACAAGCUCGCGCGGAGGCCGGCGGCUGUCACCCCUACAGCCUGAGUUUGGACGCCGUCGCCAACUGCUUGCGAGGCUUGGUGCUGGCCGGGGCACUUGCCAAGGAGAAAUUAGCAAACGAGAUGUCGUACAGAGUAGUACCCGGCGCGAUGGAGCAAGCGCGCCAGCUGGCGGCGUCUCUACAACCCGACAUACAAGUAGACUUCGCCAAUAACCCAGUUCUCAUUCACCACGCCACACCCACUGCCAAGUUGUAGUGUUAAAACAAGUGAUAUGGAUAACCUUCUUGUCUUAAGGUGUGUCCCCUCGAUAACUAGGUAUGCUUCGACGCUCGGAUGCGCUUUCGUAUGGGAUGGAAGACAUUAGCCUGAAUUUAAGAAUUUGUAUUAGUGAAUUUUUGAUACAAUACUUUCGCUUCGUUUUCGAAUGUAACAAUUUAUUUUCAAAUUUCGCCAAAGUAGAUCUAGUCAUGUAAUUAUGUCAUGGUUUCUAUAGUAAAAAUGACAGGAAAAUGUAUUUAUUUUGUCCAAUUAAGAGUCAAUGACGAAAAUUUUUACUGACUGACUUAUCCACGCACGAUUGAAUGUGUUCCGCUGAAUUUUCGAAUAUAUAUGAUCACGUAACCGUGAUAACAGCGAGAAUGCAUGUAAUAUAAUAAUGUAUUACAAUCACACUUUUUGAUAUUCCUAUGGUAGUUAUAAAGAAAUAUGUUGUGUACGCAAUUUGUUGCUGAAGUAAAUUCAAUAAACAAAUUAAUAAAAAAAAAAAUUAACCGUAAAACUACUACUUAUCGAGUGCUUUGCUUACAUAUAGCCAAAACUAGUUAAAGUCUUAUGUUCUAAUUAUAAAAUAUUUAAAAGACCACCUAAUCGAAUACACAUUUUUUUGCGAUUCAAUUGAGAAAAAGUUUAUCUUAAGUUUUAAUAUAUAUAUUAUUAAAUUAUCAGUUCAGUAUUUAUAAAAAUGUAAAAAAAAAUAUUAUUGUAAUGGGUCUUUACAUUUUGACAGUAUUAUAAAAUAGCCUUUGUAUAGUUAAAUGGCAAAAGUGGAAAUCUAAAAUUGGGGAUAUGUAUUUAAGUAAUUAUUUGACCAGAAAUAUUAUUUUGAAUUAUUUUAAGAUGUGAGUGUGUAUGGAAGUAUGAUUUCUCCCCGUACCUGUAUUUCGAAGAUGAGUAUUUUUUUUGUUAUUAUUAUUUAACUGUUACCAUCGUUAUAAAUUUACUGUAAGUUGAAUUCAUGGUGAUAUGAGUAAUGGAUAGAUAUAUUUUCUUGUUCGUGCGAUCCUCGUUCAAUCAUAAUUUAUUUUGUUAGUUAUACAUAUGGCCACUAUGCCAAAAUAAAAUUAAAAGAAAUGGAUGCAAUGAAGUAUAUAUAGGUUUUACUUCUUAUAUAAACUCGGUAUUAGCUCAAGCAAAUAAGAUUUAAUUUAUUAAACUGAUUGAUGUAUAAUUGCUGUUAUUAGAAACUAAGUUACAUUAGUUUUAUUAUUAUCAAAGGUAUUUUAUUUACCAAAUCAGUAUGUUUUAUAAAAAUAACUAUGAAAUAAUGAUGAAUCAUUUGCAAUAUUAGUUAUCAUUUAUUACGAAUAAAUACGAUUGAUAUUGUUGUUUUUUUCUAUUUUUGCAAUGUCUGACAUGUAUGCGGUUAUUCCUCUUCUCUUCAGUUACUAUAUUAUGUAAGUUGAUAUUGGACUGAUAAAAGUGACGGUAGUUACUUCUAUAAUAUUUGUGAUGGUCUCAGUUAGCUAUUUUCGUAUAUAGUGUAAUAAAAUCAAAAAUGUUUGGGAAAUAUUUUAAUGGGGAAGUAAAACGAACAUAUACUUUAUUUUUCAUAUAUUUACAAACCAACUUGCACGAUACAUAUUAUUUACAAAUAAUAACAUUCACUAUCUAUUUAACACAAAAAUACUAAGUAUUCCUGUGUAUGACUCCCUUGACUACAAGAAUACAAGUAAUCUAUGACGCUACAAGAACAAUUGGCUGGCAUAUAUUUGUCAAGCUGUUAUGUAGUAUAAUUUCUUAGUAGUAAUUAUAAUUUAAUUGUUAUAGUAUUAUAUACAAGAAAUAUUUACACAGGAGUGAAUUGUAAUUAAAAACAUUUUUUUUUGCUACACACCAACGUUAAGAACUUAUAUACAACAUACAAAAGCUCAAUUGAAGUCUACAAACAGACAUUUUAAAUUGCUAUCCUGUGUAAGCUGUGCAAGUAAUUAAAUAAAAAAAAAACAUUAACAUUAAAACGUAAAUAACUAAAUGAAAUAGGUUUUCAUAAUAAUAUAUACUAGGAGGUAACUAUGAUAAAAAAAAACCAGCCAGUCCACCAGUGGCGGCACCGUGCACUGAUCUAGCCCAAGAAAAAGCUGGUAAAUUCGAACAUUAAAGUUUGAUCCACAGACGGAGGGCAUGUUAUGAUGAAGAAUCGCAGAGUAAUCGCGACCAUUACCACAGUCAGUCAGUACAGUUAAACAUACUAUGAUCCUGACGGCAGGAUGGAACGAACACUUUAAAAUAGUACGAAAGAGAUAGAACCGCUUUCUUUUAAUGUCAUUCACAUUUGUAAAAUAUUUGUGACAAAAUUUUCUAUUAAAUAAUAAAAAAAAAGAAAUAUUUUAACCUGGAGAGCUGUACAUUGAGUAUACAAAUUAGAGGUGAAUAUAAUAUUUAUUUUAAGAUUUAUCACAAUAUACAAACAUAGGCCUAGCAUUUAUUUAAAAUAAUCUCAAAUUUUAUUUAAACGCAAUUAUUUUAACCUACUUCAAAUUUAUACGUUCCUUCUCCGGAGUAUAACAAUGCUUUCUAUUAAUAUUUUAUAAUGUAUUCCAAUUUCAAAAUUGUACAUUAUGAUUAAUUCUAUAAUUAUAUUUGUUUUAUAAUGUAAAAACUCUUUUCUUUUUCGUAUUACACCGUUAUAUUGUACCGAAAAUGAGUAAGUACCAAAACCGAACAAAAAUAUCACAAUACAUAAACCAAAAACUUAGUUUCGAACAAUCCAUUCAAUUAUAAUGAUUAUAUAUAUAUACGGGAAAAUAAUUAUAUUAUAUAAUUUAUCUUUUGCCGCACAUACGAAUCUAAUACCUAAACAAAUUUUGUACUUC